AUGGCUAUAUUUCGUUUAUCCUUUAUAACUAAUUACAUUUCUGAUUCUCUUAUUUCUGGUUUCACUACUGGUGCCGCUGUACACGUAUUAACAUCACAAUUGGAUAAAUUAAUUGGUGUUAAAGUUAAAAGUUAUGGAGGCCCUGGAUUAGUUUUAUUUAUGUGGAAAGAUCUGUUUAUUUCAGCUUCAAAUAUUAAUAUAUUUACUGUUUGUAUUUCUAUUUUUGGUCUUAUUUUUUUAAGUAUUGGACGUGACUGGAUUAAUCCAAUAUUUAGAAAACGUUUCAAAAUACCUUUACCUUUGGAACUUUUUUUGGUUUCUUAA